AUGGCCGAAGUUGAGGAAAUGUUUAAGAAAUUAAUUGCACAAACUGGUGUUACAGGUGUAACUGUAAUGGAUGCACAAGGAAGGACAAUUAAAUCAACAUUAGAUGAAGCCACAGCAACAAAACAUUCUAAUUUACUACAACAAUUAUGUGAGAAAACUCGAAUUAUUGUUAAAGGAAUGAAUGAAAAUAAUGACCUCAAUUUUAUGAGAGUUUACACAAAUACUGAAGAAUUUUUGAUAGCUCCUCAGAAAGAGUAUACUAUGAUUGUUAUCAGAGAUUUGGAUUCACAACAAACAAAUGAAUUAAUGGAACAAUCUAAAUCAAGUUUGUUAAUAAAUAUUGAUGAUGAUGAAGAGAAUAAGGAAACAUUAGAUGAAAUAAACAAAGCUUCAUCUUUGAUUAAUGUUUCAUCAAUAGGAGAUGAAAAAAAAACAAAAGGAUGGUUUUUUCCUUUAUUAAGUAAAAGGCAUACAUCUCCAGAUCCACAAUCAACAUCAACAAAAAGUUUAACUAAAAAUGUCAGUGGUACUCAAGUACCUCCAUCAACAAUAUCUCCAAUAUCUUCACCAACAUCUGGAAAUCAUUCACCAUUUAAUAUAUUUCAAAAAUUAAAUAUUUUUUCUAAACCAUCUAAUGUACCAACAACACUUCCAUUGAGUACAGAUUUACUAAAUAAUAAUGAUGAUAGUGAUUAUAAUCAAAAAGAAAAAAUAAGUACAGAAGAAAAUGAAGAAGAAAUUUUAAGAAGUAAUAAUAUUGAUGAAACAUUUUCUUCUCCUAAAAUAGAGAGAUGGUAUGACUUAAAAACAUUAUCACCAAUUCAAUUUAAUUUAGAGGAUUCAAAUCCAAUGGAAUUUGAUUUUUUUUCUAAUAGAUCAAUGGUAGAAUCAAAGUUACUUGAUGAAUUAAUUACAGAUUUUCGUGAAAAUAAAUUAAAAGCAUUUUCACAGGAGAAUCUUGAACAACUUCGGUCUAUGCAUAAACAGCAACUUGAGAUAUCAGCUUUACAUGCAAAAUUAUCAAAAGAAGAAGCCUUAAAUUCAUUUAAGGAUGUUGAUAAAUUAGAUCAUGAAUUUGAUAUAUUAUCACAAAAGUUAGAGGAACUUCAUAAGACAAUGGAAAAUUUUUCUCCUGGAAUUUCUAUUUUAUCAUAA